AUGCUACCGGAAAACGACUACUUCGCCCAUCAUCGUCACACUUUACGCUUCUUGCUUGACUAUUCACGACGGUGCUAUACCAACCUAUUUCCUUCUCGCCACACCUGGUGGCUUCUGUGUGCUGUUAUUGUUCUGAACGGCCUCGACUGGGCCGCAUUCGGAGUUUUGAAUAUUGAUAAUCCAUCCGUCAACAGAAUACCUCCUGGACCACGCGCUUUAGACGGCUGUUUCAGGCGCUAUGUCUCCAACGUGUACGAAGAGCGAAGCCUAGGGAUCUACGCUGGAGAGACGACUCCAAAAUCUAAUCACCAACAAGAAAAGCCGCCAAAGACCGUGCCCUCCAGUCGACUUUACUUUGUCAAACAGCAGCUCCAUGUCCAAUUAGCGUAUGACAUAUGGUGGCUCGCACUAGCGGUGAUCAUCAUAUCCAUUGUCAAAGCGGGAAGUUUCACUCGAGAUCCAGUUGUAUACUCUGUCUUUAAUAUCAUCUUCGAGACUAUCAGUGCCUACGGAUAUGUGGGAAUUACCACCGGGCUCCCGGACCAGGCAUAUAGUUUCUCGGGUGGCUGGUACUCUCUGAGUAAGGUGGUUCUUCGUGCUGCGAUGCUCCGCGGUAGACACCGUAGUCUACCGGUGGCUAUUGAUAAGGCCAUCGUGUUACCUGGGGACUAUCUGGAGCGGGUGGAAGAGGAGGAUGCUUAUAUCCGAAUGGAGCGCUCUUCGGAACAGGGACAUGGCAAUGUGUAG